AUGGGGGGGAAAAAGAAGAAUUUCUGCUCCAUAGAGCUUGGAAUCAAAAUAGAAAAAGAUGCAGAUAGGCAGAUCAAAGUUAUGGGUGAUGAGUCAGUACCAUUUUUGCUGGACCAAGGAACCACUAAAACAUAUCAAAUACCUAUUGGUCAUCUGGACUACAAAUUCAUUGAAAAAUGCACAGAUGUUAAACACCUGGAAAAGAUUCUCAGGGUAUUAAGGUCUGGUGAAGAGGGAUGUUAUCCUGAACUUACAUUGUUUUGUGAAAAGCGUAUUGAGCAUUUAGAUCCAAGGAGCAGAGCUCUGAGAAGAGAGAAGCCUGCAGCCACAGCUUCUGAUUUCACAGCUGAAGAAUGGGAAACAAUUAAUAGUGAACUGAUGAGCUGGGUGACAGAAAUUAAUGAAGAUGAUAAGAAACCACAGUUCCUGAGAAGAGACACACUGCAUGAAAGACAAGAUAACUUGCCUCCUAUUCGUUGUUCCAGCAGCUGUCUUCCUGCUAAUCAGAACAAAAAAUUACAAAACAAACAGAGAAACAAGAAAAACAUACCACGGGAUUACAGUGAAUGGGACAAGUUCGAUGUGGAAAAGGAAUGUUCUAAAAUUGAUGAAGGCUUUGAAGAAAGUAACUCAAAAGCAAGAUUCUUUAGUAGGUCAAGUCUACCUAUAAUUGAAAAGAAGAUAGACACAACUGGCAUGACAAAGAAAGAGAAGAUUUUUAUUGCUACUCGUGAAAAAGAAAAAGGCAAUGAAGCCUUUGCCAUUGGUGAUUAUGUGGAAGCAGUGACAUAUUAUACUCGGAGUAUAUCAGUAAUACCCACUGCAGCUGCAUAUAAUAACAAAGCUCAAGCAGAAAUCAAACUUCAGGACUGGGACAGUGCUUUGCAGGAUUGUGAGAAGGUACUAGAUAUGGAACCUGGCAAUGUAAAAGCUCUGAUGCGCCGUGCCACUGUACACAAUCAGCUGCAGAAUUACCAGACAGCUGUAGAGGAUCUGAAGAAAGUAUUAUGCGUUGAACCAGAAAACGCUAUAGCUAAGGCUUUUUCGGAGAUUGUGGAAGGAGCCUGUUUUCCAUGUCUCUUCCGAGUAGACCACACCAGGUGUCACAAUAAGAUUGAAAAGAAACUGAAAGGUUUAAAGCCUGUAUCUGAGACUCAAGGCAAAGGAAAAAGAAUACUUAUUCAAGAUGCAGAGGAUUCAGAAGGUGAUGAAGAAAGAGUGGAAAAUACAGAAGAACAUGAAAGAAGUGGUAGAGAUAAAAGAAUUGGCGUGGCAGUGAGAGGCGAGGCGGCGAUGGGGGCCGCCCAGAGGAAGCUCCACAGCCGGGGAGGAGGCAGUACGGCGGAGGGGGGGCAGGCACAGAACCAGAAGGAAUCCCCUGAGAGCCGGUUGAAAAAAGGCGCAUCAGAGAAAAAAACACAAAAGCACUUGUCAGACCAUGAAGGUGAAGUUAACGGCUGUUUACCCAGUGAUGGAAAGGGUGAAAGCCCUGAAGGUGAGAAGACCCCCAGGUCGCAUGGAGCAGGGUCUCGGUCGGCUGGCGGUGGCAGUUCUACUUCCCUUCCCGCCGCUGCAGCGAAACGAAAGAGUGAGGGAAACGAGUUAUUUAAGAGUGGGCGGUUUGGAGAAGCUGUGCUCAAAUACUCGGAAGCAAUUGAGUAUGUCGUUGGUCUAGGAGAACAAAGUCCAGAUGAUUUAAGUAUCUUGUACUCAAACAGAGCAGCGUGUUACCUCAAAGAAGGGAACUGCAGUGACUGCAUUCAGGAUUGUAACAGAGCUCUGGAGCUUCAGCCAUUUUCCCUUAAGCCUCUUCUACGACGAGCAAUGGCAAAUGAGUCUAUGGAACGGUAUCGACAGGCAUACAUUGAUUAUAAAACAGUCCUACAAAUAGACAGCAGCAUCCUAGCAGCAAAUGAUAGUGCUAAUAGAAUAACAAAGACUUUAAUAGAACAGGAUGGUCCCAGUUGGAGGGAGAAACUGCCACCAAUUCCAGUUGUCCCAGUUGCUGCUCAGCUACACAGGUGGGAUGGAGGAAACUUUACUUCAGAGAAUAAGCCGAGAAGUACUACAGAUAUCAACACAGAAGAAGAGUUGCAGAUGAAUCGUGAGAAAGCUGAGGAGAAGUUCAAGACAUUAAAAAAUGAAGGGAAUGAUUGUGUGAAAAAGGGUAAAUAUGAAGAAGCUGUAAAUAAAUACAGCGAAUGCAUGAAGUUAAAUACCGAGGAAUGUACGAUCUACACUAACAGAGCUCUCUGUUACUUGAAACUGUAUAAAUAUGAAGAGGCUAAGCAGGAUUGUGAUCAUGUUCUUCAGAUAGAAGAUUCUAAUAUUAAAGCUUUUUAUAGAAGAGCACUAGCGUACAAAGGAUUACAGAAUUAUCAAGCCAGUGUUGAUGAUUUCAACAGAGUACUUCUAUUAGAUCCAAAUGUUCUUGAAGCAAAAAAGGAACUAGAGGAGGUAACCCAACUGCUUAACCUUGACAGCAGUGCUGUAGCUGGCAGUCAACAAAAACAAAGGAAGAAAAUAACCAUACAAGAGGUGACUGAAUCUGAUGAACAGGAAGAGAGACAGUUUGCUACAUCAGAAGAUGUUGUGACUGAUCAUGUCACUUCUAAGGAAGCAACUCAAAAGAGCGUGCCACUGAAGAGCUCUGAGAAACUACGUGUUUCUGAACCAUCUAAUGCUUAUGACUUUGGUCAGAUUAUAAAUGCAGUGAAUACCAAUAAGGAUAUAGCUGCUUGUGCAGAUCUUUUAACAAUUACUGAUCCCAAAAAAUUACCAGUGCUGCUAAGUAACAAACUUGAAGGAGAAACUUUUUUGAUUUUUAUCGAGUCUUUGGAAUAUUAUGUAGUUGGAAAAGAUCCUGGCCUUGUGUAUCAGCACCUUUUCUACUUGAGCAAAGCUGAAAGAUUUAAGGUGGUGCUGGCUCUUCUUAGCAAAAGUGAAAAAGAACAGGUUCAGCAACUGUUUGACUUACUUUCAGAAAACCAGAAUGAUCGGUACUCUUUGGAAGAUCUUGAGAGCCUUAAAAAGGUUUAUGAACUUUAA